AUGCAACCCUCUUUGGUGAUGGUUGUACUAUUGGUUGCAGUUGCGGCUGCAAUUACAGCCGAAGCAGCAGCUAAACCCCGGCCAGGGUGCCCAACCCAGUGUGGUAAUCUGACCGUGCCAUUUCCAUUUGGCAUGGAGAAAGGUUGUUACAAGGACGAUAAGUUUUUUAUCAAUUGUUCCAAAGCUACCAAUCCCCCAACUGCAUAUUUGAUGAAAGGUAAUCUCCCUGUUACUAACAUAUCCCUUGAGGAAGGAGAGCUGCAAAUACAGCAGUCAGCUGCCCGAGAUUGUUAUGACGAGCAGGGCGGCAUAGACUUUGAGCUCUGGGUGUCUCCUUACAAAAUAUCCAGUACCAAAAACAAGUUCAUCGCCAUUGGUUGCGACACUUACGCACUAUUUGAAGGCUACCGUGCGGAUGAAGAAAGGUUCAUCACCGGUUGCAUGUCGCUGUGUAACAGCCUCGACAGCGCUAAGAAGGACUCUUGCUCUGGCAUCGGGUGCUGCCAAACUUCCAUCCCUAGCGAACUCAAAAAUCAGACUCUGAAAUUGAGUAGCUAUUACAAUCAUACAUUUAUUAAGGACUUUAACCCCUGCAGCUACGCCUUUGUUGUGCAAGAGGGCCAGUUCAAUUUCUCCCCGGAGACAAUGCAGCUCAAAAGAGUGUGGAUUAUCCAUGCCAUAACGAAACUACCAAGUGUGUCGACCGGAUGA